CUAAAAUAAGUCUUGCUGUUUCCGUCCGAGCAUUAUUGAGAGACGGACACAGUUAAUUUUGAACGCUGUUGUCGCGUAACCUCAAUUUAUCGUCGUUUUCUGGAUCGCAAAGCAUACAUGUUUCUUAUUCUGGAGAACAGUCAGCCGGACUCGUGCUUGAUUGUUCAAUGAAGGAGAAUCAUAAAGCAUUUGUGGAACAUCAUAGGAACGAAGAAGGCAACAACAAUGCAUCAGUGCUCCGUUUGUCAGAAGGGUUUUCCGAGUGGCUCUAAACUCCAGAGACACUAUCUCAUACACACAGGCCAGAAGCCAUUUAUCUGUUUGGUUUGUGGAAAAGCCUUUAGACAAUCUGUACAUUUAAAGAAGCACUCUGAGACUCACACAGGGAAUUACCGCAAUUGGAGUCCACCCACAGACAGUUUGCCACAUCCCAUAUCAGUACCUACAAACCUUGAUCCAUCCCUUAAGAAAUCAGGACAUUAUUUGACUACCGAUACCCCACUGUUGCCUACAGUGUCUUUUCAAAGAGAUGGGACCAUGCAGAGGACAUUACUAGAGAUGUACACUACAGCCACAGAGAUCAAACCGCAACCUGAACUAAUCCCACCUGCUGAUAAUGGUUGCUUUAUCAGCCAACAAAGCACUCUGCCAAGUGGAAAUGACUUCACAAAUGUAAUACUGCAAGAUAACAUGAUCGGCUCUGAUGGAAUGGAGAACAGUGCGUGGUACACAGACAGUGUCCACACAUGUACAGUCUGCCUGAUGUGUUUUAGUUCAUCUCACCAGCUUCAGAGGCACUUACCAGUUCACAGUCAUCCAAAACCAUUUGAGUGUAGCAUUUGUGGGAAGGCCUUCAGACUAAGGGUGCAUUUGAAAAUGCACUCUCAAAUACAUGAACGUAGACAUACUGGGUUUAAGACUAUCCCCAUGCUAGGGUCUCAGCAGAGCUCUUCCAGAGGUAGAAUGAGGGUGAACCAUGAAUGUCCAACCUGUUCAAAAACGUUCUGUUCUCCAUCCAAACUAAAGCGUCAUUUUCUUACUCACACUGGCCAGAAGCCAUUUUCCUGUGAGGACUGCGGGAAAACAUUCAGGCAGGUGUCACACCUGAAAACCCACCUAUAUGCCUCGCAUAAUAUAUCAAAUUCCCAAAGUGGGUGUACCAAACAAAAACGAAUAGAUGCUAGAAACAAAAAUAAAGAGAUGGAGCUACAGUGUGAAAUAAGUGUCAGUGCUCCACAGCACCUGGACAAGUUGGAAACAAAGUCUCCUCUUCCUGUCAAAGUGGAGCCGAAUACCAGUGGUACCAGUCACUUUCAGUGUAGCAUUUGCUUGAAGACAUUCAGCAGUUCAAUUAGACGCAGGCAGCAUUACAUGAUGCAUAAAGAAGUAAGACCCUUUCAGUGCCGUGUCUGUGGCAGAGCCUUCCAUCUUUCAACCCAUUUAAAGAGGCACCAAUUCAGCCAUAAGAACUUAGAUGAAUCUCAGAACACAAGUCAGGUGGAUGAUCACAGGGAUGCUGUGUCGAAGACAGAACAUGCAUACCAGAAUUCAGACAAAGGGAUGACCUCUCCAGAGCCUAAUGAUUCAAAAGUUUUUGAGCUUGAUAUUAUUGUUAAACCAGAGCACUGGAAGCUGAAUUUCAAAGUUGAUAAAGACUUUCCAGUUUCCACUCUUCAGGACUCAACUGCAACAUCUUACCUGGAGACACCGGUAUCUGGUCAAACCAACAGCCAAUGUAAGAAGAUCAGCCAGAAAACAAAGAAUCAGCCACUGAACCGUCAAUGUCUCGCAUGCCUUAAAAGUUUCCCUUCUCCAUCCAAACUGCAGAGGCAUAUGUUGACCCAUACUGGUCAGAGACCAUUUGGGUGCCACACAUGUGGGAAGAGGUUUCGACAGCCAACACAUUUAAGGAUCCACUCCCGCACUCAUCUGUGGCCCAGAAAUGGCAAGCAAACAUAUGCUCAGCGUUCUAGACCUCCAUUACGUCGAAUGACUGAAUACAGAGGGUCUCCAGUGGGUGUCCAAUUUCAGGAAAAGCUUCCUGAAAAGCUCAAUUUUGAUAGGAACUUUCACCUCAACUCCCCUACAGAGAGUCAGUCAGGUCAAGGCAGUGCUUUUACAUGUGGACACAAUGAAUGCAAUAGUGAAGUGCAGUGGUUUCAUUGUUCAACAUCCUCCCUAUCCAAGCUUCGGCUCCCUCUCCAAAUGCCACCAGAAACAACACUGAAUAAAAGUGGCCACUUAGAAUUGAAAAGUCAAGCAAAACCUUCAGCAGGAAAAGUUCACAAUGACCCUUUCCUGAGUAUAGGUCCUGAAUUGGCUUUAAAAGGUGCUGAUGCCACCCCUGUGGGGAAUGCAAGCCAUAGCCAACACCAGUGUUUGCUAUGUUUCGAAUAUUUCCCAUGUGCCUCUAAACUACAAAGACACAACCUUGUACACACUGGCUUGAGACCUUUCCGAUGCCUGGCAUGUGGAAAAACAUUCAGACAGGCCACACACCUCAAAGUCCACGAGCGAACUCACAACAAGUGGAAACCCUUCAGACCUGCCUCUCGACAAGGAAAUAGAAUGAAAGUAAGAAGGCAGCAACAACAUCAGUACUCUAAAGUCUGUGUUCAAGUUCCUGUGGCGAGUUCUAUGAAAACAGAGCUGUUACAUUUGAAUGGUGUGAAUGAAUGGAGACCAUUCCAGGACAAUUUUGAGGAUACUUGUAAUAAUCAAGCAAAGGCACAACAGGACGACAACAUAGUCAACACUUCUAAACAAUCCAUACAAAACAAUUUGCACAAGCGCAACAACUCCAGGCCUAUAAACAAAGUGAUCUGUGUUAAAAGAAAAGCACACCUGUGCACAAUAUGCCAGAAGGGCUUUGACACUCCAAGCAAACUAUCCAGACACUUUCUCAUACACACUGGGAUAAGACCAUUCAAAUGCAGUUUGUGCACUAAAACUUUCAGACAGCCAUGCCACUUGAGAAGCCAUGAACAACGAACACAUGAGAAUAAAACAUGCAGUGAUGUCCAGGAAAACAGCAGGUUUAGGGACCAUGAAACUCUUGCCUCUGCUCAAGGAAAGACACUGAGAGACAUGCCACAGUCCUACAAAGACUGUUCUGAUCACUGCUCAGUCACUGAUGAGGGUUUAGAACAUUCUUCACAGACGAGAGACCCAAGCUUUGUGGUAAAACGAGACGUACCAGAUGAUAGUAUGGAAUCUGGGAGUAGACAAAGUGAGGACUAUUGGUGCACUGAGUGUCACAGUCACUUCUUGUCCCCAUCUGAGCUUGCUACUCAUCUAAAUAUUCAUGUCCAAAGCAACAAGAUUACAGGUCAGACUUCAUUGCAACAGGAAAUGGGGGGACACAUGGAUGUUCAAACCAAUCGAGUCGUAGCAGAUGCAGACAGCCAUAAUGUUAUCCAAAAUGAGAGGCUUGAUCAUUACUGGAGUGAACCAAUUCACACGCCAUUUCAGUGUGACACAUGCAUCACAUCUUUUGAAACGGAAAGAGAUCUUCAGGUCCAUAAAUGUGUCUCAAGAAAUCUAAUUGAGUUUACUCAGUCAAACCCAUAUCAGUGUGCAAUUUGUUUCAAGGAUUUCAAGACUCCCUCCAAACUCCAGAGACAUUAUGUCACCCACACAGGAGAGAGGCCAUUCCAGUGUAAAGUGUGUGAGAAGACUUUCACACAAGCGUCUCAUCUAAAAACACACCAACGUACACACAAAUAAGAAAUGGCCUUAACAGAUACAUUUAUAUUUUAGUCUUUUAGCAGACACUUUUAUCCAGAUCGAUUUACAAUAGUGGGUUCAUACAUUUUUGUAUUAGAUAAUUUUUUAAUUUUUUUUUACCUAUAUCUAAUAUGAUUUAUUUAUCUCUAUCUUUUCUCAGUUUAGUGUUGUAUGCCCACAACACUGUUCAGAAAGAUUAAAAUUACAAUUUGAUUGAUUUUAAUAAAAUGUGCCUUUUUAUUGUCAGUUGUUGAUUCCAGAGUUUAAAAUUAAAUUGUCAUGUGAAGCCAAGGCA